AGACGGCCUCGCCCUGGGUCUCUGGUCCUCUUUCUUCUAUUUCUAUCCAGCAUCAUUCAUCGUCGGCCUGUCUUUUACCAAUCAUCUCUAAUCAUACUCACUCUCCUCUUUCCACCCGUUUACACCUCUAUCUAUUGCAUUCCGGUAUCACUACCACCAUCAUCAGAUCAAAAAGCUUCACAGCAAACUUGCAAGUCUCGCUGGUUCUGAGACUACCUUCUAACGAACUCCCAAAACUUCCGGUUUCAUCUUGACCUUUUUCACGGAGCUGGUCUCCUGAUCCUUGUUCAUACACUUAUAGACUCUCACUAAUACUUCCGACAUCAUGUCCACAAGUCUGGCUGUCGAUAUGCCCUUCGACUUCAGCUUCCCCUCAGCCUCCAUUGAGCGCACAAGUCCUCCUCCCAUGUCAACUCUGCCCUUUGACCAAGCUUUUCUCGACAUGGCCUAUGCUUCAGCUUCAGCUACUGCUGCUGGUCAUAUCUCUGGCCACUCUCGCUCAUCAUCAAAGGCUUCAGUCUACUCUACCAUCUCAGCCGAGUCAGACCAUGAAUCUCUCUGCUCUCGUCUCACAACGCCUCCUCGUGCUUCACCAGCUGUUCGUCAGCAUGGCCCUCUUCUCCUGCCAAAGAUUCGCUCUCAAGACCAAGAUAUUGAUGCCACUCCUUGUCAUUAUCGCAUGACUACUCCUCCUGCUCCUAACCCUUCUCGUCACUCACGGAGCUACACCAACCCUGAGUCUCUUGCCAUCACCUUUGACACCCCUGGCUCAGUCAACACAAGCUUCUCUAGCCAGCCUGACGACACUCUGUCUGCAUCACUUCUUACUUCUCCGGCCAACUUUGCCACUCACAUCUCUGCCUCUCACUCACGCCGUGCUUCCAGCCUCGAUGCCACCACAAUCGAUCGUUAUGGCUAUCCUACCUAUCGUCAGAUGCCCUCGUUCGUUCCCGUCCCUCAGCAACAAUCUGACUAUGGCUUCUACGACUACAGCCCUCGUGCUCAGUCCCCUCUGAGCCUCACUGCCACUCCGGACCCUACUCCCAAUACCAACCUUCUGAGCUUCCUCACCUCUUCCAACCCAGCUGCUUCUCUGGUCCGCCACAUCUCGUUCCCGGUGCGAGAUGCUGCCACUAAGCACUUUUGGUGGGAUGUUCGCAACAUUCGCUCUUGGUCCUCUUUCAACGCAUCUGCCAUUCUUUCUCUCCCCGGUGCCUCUCUUCUUCUCACCAACCCUGUUCCCGCUCCUCUGCUCCCUCAGCCUACUUUCGCAUCUCGUCACCCCGAGACUGAGACUCAGCUUCACUCCAUCUACGCUUCGUACUAUCUCCCCAAGCUGAACUCAGCUUUGGCCAUGUCGUCAACUCGCCCUCUUCACCUCUCAGUGCCUCCCAAGACUGCUGGCAUGAACGAUCUCCUCUUCGUCGCCAACGCUGCCGGGGAGUCUGCUACUGCUGCUGCCAUGUUUGGUGGCAAGCCCACUGCCCGAGUUGUUGGUAUUGUCCGCAGCUUCGACCGCUUCAACACUGGCAUGCGAGUUGAGGGUAACAUCAAGCGUGUUGAGUAUCUCCGUGGCCUCUCAGCUAUCCACCACGCCAUGCGCGAGCACGGGUGCCGCUAUGGUUUCAUCCUCACCGAGAUUGAGCUCGUCCUCGUCCGCAACGGCACUGCCAACACUCCCUUCUUUGGCGAUCUUGAGGUCACAUCAGUCCAGCUCGCUGCCUCUGCCCCUGAAGGUGAUGCCUCAACCCUCCCCCACGAGACUCCCCUCACUGCAUGCCUCGCCCUCUGGGGUCUCUGCCAACUCGCUGCCGACGACACACCCACCGGCCAUUCCCACUGGCGUGCUGAGAUCGGUGCACCCGCUGAGGGAACUCGUCGCAAGGCCCAACCCCGUGACUCUUGGAUUCCGCAACCUCAGCUGGCUGAGAAGCGUGAGGCCAAGCGAAGUCGUGGAUGGGUUUGGCCAGAGGAUGCCAUUGGCCGCAAGGAGCUUGGAAAGCGAGGUGUUCGAUAUGGAGUAGUCUAAGGGCCUGGUGCAUUUAGCAGGAUGAUGAUGAGAUGAUAGAUGAUUGGAAAGAAAAGACAUGAUAAUGAAUGAACAUGCGAAUUUUGUAAUCAAUUUAGUAUUUAAUUAAAACACUUGAAAAUCA